AUGACCCAGAUCGACGGCAACAUCAAGAACGACGACGCUUUGCAGGACUCGGCCGCUUCGGAGGCAGCCGAUCGACCGGACGCUGCCCGUCGCGGCGGCGGCACCUGGCUCCGCUGGUUGCCGCUGGUUCUGCUCUUCGGCGUCGGUGCGACGGCCUGGCUGGCUUUCGACCUGGGCAGCUACCUGAGUUUCGACGCGCUGGCAGAGAACCGCGGUUGGCUGCUCGAUCAGGUCGAGCGCUAUGAGUUGCGCACGGUCUUGGCCUUUGUUUUCGCCUAUGCCCUGGCGACGGCCUUUUCCAUACCCGGAGGCGCCGUGCUAACGGUCCUGGGCGGGUUUCUCUUCGGCACUCUGUUCGGGACGUUUUACGUUGUGACUGGGGCGACGUUGGGCGCCGUAGCCGUGUUUCUGGCGGCUCGAACGGCGCUGGGCGACAGUCUGCGCAAACGGGUCGGCGGGACACUCAAGCGGAUGGAGACCGGCUUUCGCGAGAAUGCGCUCAGCUAUCUGCUGGUCCUGCGCCUGAUCCCGAUCUUUCCCUUCUGGCUGGUCAACCUGGUCCCGGCCUUCCUGGGCGUGUCGUUGCGCACCUACCUGAUCGGCACGAUCCUGGGCAUUGUUCCCGGUACGUUCGUCUAUGCCAGUCUUGGCAACGGCGUCGGCGCGCUCUUCGAUCAAGGCGAAACGCCCGAUAUCGGAAUCAUUUUCAGCUUCGACAUCUUGACCCCGAUCCUCGGCCUCGCAGUGCUCGCGUUGCUGCCGGUCGUCUACAAGACUUGGAAAGCCCGCCGCGCGGCGGCGCGCUGA